GCGAUCGCGGAGAUCAUGCUCGCCGCCGUCAAGGGGAAGCUCAGAUCGCGGCCGCGAUUACCUCCUCCUCUCGCCGUCCCGCCGACGGCUCCCACUCCCUCUCCCGCCGCUACAGCUCGCCGCGGUUCUCAUGCCGCUGCCUCGUCGGCCGUCUCCCACGCGUCGCUCCUCCUCCGGAUGCAGUCGUGCUCCUCUUUCGAGGAGGCUCGGAAGCUCCACGCGGUGGUCCUCGUCGGCGGGCACCGCUACGGCACCGUCCUCGUCGCGCAGUUGGUGCGUAUGUACGCGAAGCUUGGGGAGGUUGGGCAGGCGCUCAGAGUGUUCGACGGAAUGCCGAGGAGGAACUCCUUCGCGUGGAACGCUGUGAUCAAGGGACUUGUUGACGCUGGUAGGUUCUCGGACGCACUGGAGAUGUUUUGGGAGAUGGUCAAUGAUGGCUCGGUUGCGGCAGAUGGUUUCACAUACCCGCCCGUCAUCAAGGCAUGUGCGAUGCUUGGAGCUGUUGAGGAGGGGAUGAAAGUACAAGAGAUCGUGGAGGCUGACAUUUCCAGGGGUAAUGCGAGGCACAACGUGUUUGUGCAGUGCGCGCUUGUGGAUAUGUUUGCCAAAUGCGGGUGCUUUGAGGAAGCAAGGAAUGUUUUUGAAAGCAUGCAAGUGAGGGAUUUGGCUUCAUGGACGGCGAUGAUUGGAGGGGCUGUGCAUGCAGAUGAUUGGCUCGAUGUGGUGAAUUUGUUCAAUCACAUGAGAUCAGAAGGGUUUGGGGUUGACUCUGUGAUUGCUGCAACUGUUAUUUCAGCCUGUGGGAGAGCAGGUGAAUUGCAGGUUGGGACUGCAUUGCAUGGAUGUGCUGUGAAGAGCGGAGUAAGUGGUGAUUUGUGUGUUUCCAACGCCUUGAUAGAUAUGUACUGCAAAUGUGGUUACAUAGAGAUGGCUGAUUGUCUUUUCUGGUCUACAAAUUCCAAGGAUGUUGUCUCCUGGAGUAGUUUGAUUGCAGGGUAUUCGCAAAAUGGAAUGAAUAAUGUGAGUGUCAGUUUGUUCUGUGAAAUGAUUUCUUCAGGGAUAAAUCCAAAUUCCAGUACUCUAGCAAGCAUACUUCCUUGUCUUUCUGAGCUGAAGCUAAUCAGGAAUGGAAAAGAAAUCCAUUGCUUCUCUUUAAGACAUGGACUUGAGAGAAGUGUGUUUGUAGUGAGUGCACUUAUAGACUUGUACAGCAGACAGGGAUUGAUAAUGGUGGCACGGACUGUAUUUUGGCUUAUGCCUGAUAAAGAUUUAGCCAUUUGGAACUCAAUGGUUGCAGGAUAUGCUCUGAAUGGGUAUUCAGACUCUGCAUUCUGCACGUUUAGGUCAUUACAGAAAGUGGGUUUUAGACCUGAUCAUGUGACUGUUGUUUCAGUUCUUCCUUUAUGCAAUCGACAGUAUAUGCUCAUCCAGGGUAAGGAACUACAUGCAUAUGUUGUCAAACACUGUAUUAGCUCAGUCUGCUCAGUUAGUAAUGCACUUAUAGAUAUGUACUGCAAUUGUGGUUUCCUAGAAGUAGCUAAAGAGGUUUUUCAACUGAUGACAGAACGCAAUACGGUUACAUUUAACAUACUGAUCUCUUCUUUUGGAAAGCAUAGCCAUGAAGAUCAAGCCCUAUUGUUUUUUGAUCUAAUGAAGAGAGAUAGAAUUACUCCAGAUAAAGUGACUUUUGUGGCACUACUAUCUUGUUGUAGCCAUGCUGGUCUUAUUGACAAGGGCUUGCACUUAUAUCAUUCCAUGCUACAAGACUACAAUAUUUCUCCAGAGAAGGAGCACUACUCAUGCAUUGUCGACCUUUAUAGCAGAUAUGGGAAGCUUGAUGAAGCUUGGUGUUUCAUUUCAAAUAUGGCAGAAGAGCCAGAAAUCGAUAUUCUUGGAGGGCUGUUGGGAGCAUGUAGAGUGCAUAAUAGAAUGGACAUUGCUGAGCUGGUUGGGAAAAGAAUAUUUGAGCAAAAUCCCAAUGAUCCUGGCUAUCACAUUCUGCUUUCUAAUAUCUACGCUGAUGCUGGAAUGUGGUCUGAUGUGACAAGGAUAAGAAAUAUGAUACAAGAGAGAAAUUUGACAAAGGAAACGGGAAAUAGCUUUACCUAACGGUUAAAUCAAUGAGUGCACAAGUCUAUUUGUACAAAAAAGAUGAGUACCUUUCAUUAUUUAAUGGGCCAUCAAACUAAAAAUCCUAUUGAAAAAUGCUGCUUGAAAAAUCGGUAACAGGCCUAGGAGAAUGGCAGUAGUUAUGAAUCAGAGAAAGGCAUAUUAUGAUUUGGGUCUUUUGUGGGUAUAGGAUAUGCUGGUUUGUGUCGAAUGACCAAGGACAUACGUUAGCAUGCAUGUAAUCCAAGGGAGGAUUAAUUAUUUAAUCAAGGGAAAAGGAUCCUGCUGCACCAAGCUGCCUGGCACAGCAAACUAGCAAAUGCCUGUACCACUGUGCAAGACUUUGGAGUUCGGAGCUUAGAUGGCACACCUCUCCAUGUGGACAGAUAAGGACGCCCUGAGAAUGAGCUACCGCCCCACGCCCUAUCUUCAUGCUGCAGCCACCGACACCGCUACUGCCGCACAGUGUUGUUGAGAGCUCAGUUUCAGCAAGGGUGUUCUGUCCAAUCAUGGGCAUGGAAAUGGGCAACGAGCAAUUGCAUUGUGCAGGCCGGGUACCGACACGUCCGAAGAAAGGCAUCAAAGAGAACCGGUAAGACGAAUCAGUUCGGUGGCCAUCUUUAAUCAGGCUCACGCAUGGCUGAUCCAUUUAGAUCAUUUAAGAAGCCAAGGGGGUCCUACUUGAUCGCACUAGGCACAAAAAUAAGGCCUAAUGCACCCAGAAGGUCCCCCCAACAACUAAAUCUGAAGAUACUGCAGUCUACAGCAGGGUUUGAAGGAUCUCCGAGCUGGCUUAUCCAGCUGGGAUACUGUGACUAAUAAAGUUGACUUCCCCAGGGCAUCCAGUGUUUGGUGGAUCUACUUCCACGUAGCGCCCAAGUGUGAACUGAACUGAGCUGGGCAAAAGGCGAUCGGCACGCAAAGCUGAAGCAUGAUUUCUUCCAAAGAAAAAAAAAAGAAAGAAACAGAGACAGCGGCUCUGCGCUGGCAGCCGGAGCCAAUGAGCGAGCGGCACGUCUCCCCCGGAUUCUUCGACCGACCAGGGAGCCCCGCUCGUGCGGGGCACGUGAGGAGCGGGAGCGAGCGCGAUCCGCUCGUCUUUAUAAACUUCGUCGCUGCUGGGUGAGUUCAUCUGCAUCGCAUCGCAUCAGCUCUUGACUCUGUUGCACUUGUUCCUCUCUCUGUUCAUCGUCGUCAGCUGGGAGAAGA